UAAUCAGAGCUUUCCCUAAGCUCUUCUUUCCUAAUCCUCUAUCUCCCUCCCGAUCUAUGCUCCAUCUCUCUCAUUCUCCUCCCUCUCUCUACAAUGCAUCAGCCGUGAAUGCCCUGCGAGGUGGGUUUUUUCAAAGGGGGUUCAUGAUCCCGACCCAGUUCCUUAACCUCUCGAUUUUCGACACCCUCCUCAAGAAAGUGGAAGAGGAGUUCGGAUUCCAAACGUGCGGUGGCCUGGUUUUGCCCUGCGAGGUGGGUUUUUUCAAAGGGGUUUUGAAGAUUCUCGAGAAGGACGAGCAGAGAUUCCAUGGAGUAGAACUGGAAGAGGUUUUUAAGACUUUUUCCAAGGUAAAGAAGGGCCUACAUAAGCCCAUGAGCAAGGGCUGUAAAUAUGGAGGCAGCUGGCUAUGAGGCUAGGGCUGGACUUGCAGCUGAGCCUGAGGAUACGGAUGAGGCUGGGGCUUGCAGCCUCGCUACACGUGAUUCAGAUAUUCUUUCUUUCCUUUAUAUUAUGAUUUAGAUGUGUAUAGAUAUUCUAUGAGUUUUUGCAAUCCACACAUUUGAAUCAUCAUAUAUGCUUAUGAUUUUAAUGCACCAAAAACUACCCAUGCAAUCUCAGCCCUGCAAAUGCAUCAGCAUAUCAAGCUCAUGGACUUGACAUGGAUAUGUUUGAUGUCGCCUAGGUGCGGAACCAGUUGUCCAUUCCCAUGUUACCAAGAUCACCAACCCACCUCAUUCUUUUGACAAAAAAGAAAAUGAAAAAGAAAAAAAGGUGGCACUUCUAGCAGUCAUAGAUAUUAUUGUCCUC